AUGGAUGAGGACCCUGUACCUGUUGGCCAGACGGUGCAAGUCGUGGAUCCUGACGUCCGCGCCCAUGUAUACAGUCUUGUGACUGCGCUAGGAGGGUUUAACGGAGAAAACGCCGAUCAAUAUGUGCUCGGUGACGAUGCCUUGGCCUGCUUGCGAGACAUCAAGCGCUGGUUGAAGCUGUACGAUGAGAAGCAGAAUCGCAUGGAUGUGGCACGAUGCCUGGGGGAAGCGAAUUUGGUCAAUGGUGACCUCCUGCCAAUCCUUUCGCUCUGGAGUAAUGGCGGACAGAGCAGUAAAUACAUGUCCAGGAUUGCGUUGGCAUGCUUGGAAUUGCUAGUACCCCUGACCUGGCCAUUGGAAUUCCAUGACCAGAUGACUGUUAACCACCAUCGACAUAUGCCCUAUUUGCAACACGUACAGGUCUCAUAUAAAAGGCGCCUUCUCAGCCGUGGUAGUGCCAGUUUCCUUCGAACGAUUAUCCGUGUCGGACUGCCCAGCAUGGCUCUCCCCCGAUCCGAACGAACUGCUCGUGAUGAAGGGAUUCUCAAACUCAUGCUUUAUUUGUUACGGAAUCUUGCAGUGAUUAACACCCAUACUCGUCUUGCAGCAGAAGGAGAUGAGGAAGAGACGUCAAGGUCUGCGACCCUGAACGCCUUCCAAGAUCAAGAUGCAUUUGCUCUCCUCCUUACUAUGUGCUCUAAUGUUGGCGAGGAUUUCAACAUGCAAGAUGUGGCUCUUCUUGAGAUCUUGUUCCACAUUGUCAAGGGUGUUGACGUGGAAAAGCUUUUUAUGGAUGACGCCCAGCGGAGCGCCAAACGCACCGAUGAGCUGGAUAGCGUAUUACGGCAGGAGUCAUCGUUGCAGAGAGAGUAUGCUAAGAAUGCACCGACGCGACAUGGUCGGUUCGGGACGAUGAUAUGGGUCAAACGCGAUGAUGCCAAAGUCUCUACCGUCUCGGGGCAGGACAUCCUCAAGGAUAGUCAAGCCACACUCCAGAAAAUGGACCAAAGUAAAAAAUGGAACAAGCCUCAACAGCGGCAGAGGAAGGAACCGUCCACAUUGAACAACGACUUCAGUAGCCCCGUGCACCUCAAUUCCGCUGCAUCUAAGAAUUUGCGCAUGUUUGUACAGGAAUUUCUCGACUCCGGUUUCAAUCCUCUUUUCACGCAUGUUCGGAAGGCGAUCGAGCGUGAAGCUGAUCGUGUCCUGGACAUAAAUUCCCGCCAAUACUUCUACGCCGUUGCCUGGUUUUUAGAGGCGGAACGGGCACGUCGUGCACGCCAACGCGAAAGAAAAUCACAGAAUGGAAGGCCUAGUAAGGAGGUAGAGCCGGACAGUUUUGGACUGGUUGCUGGUGUUCUCAACCAGGAAACUUUUGUCUUCCUCAACCGGUCAAUGCAGUACAGUCUUGACCAUAAAGACUGGGAGGACCUCAACGCCGAAAUGCGGUGCUUUACACAAAUCUUGUUGACGGUCCAAGAAAUGGCCCUGUCCCCCAUUGAGGAGGACCAGGAAAUCGCGGAGAACAUUCAGAAUCGAAUUUUCUAUGAGGAAACGACCCAUGACCGCAUCCUUACGAUCAUCCGUGGAUUUAAGGAUCAAGGGUUUGGCUACCUCGACGCUGCCACGAACCUUUCACACGUCUUCUUGAGGAUGCUGGAGCGAUACUCGAAAGAAAAUGUGGAUAUGCAAGUGCGCUCUAAAAGACGCACCAGGCAUAAGAACAAACAGGCCGCAGAGGCUGAUGAGGAGAAAGACAAUGAAGACCACGCCUCUGAGGAUGAAGAAGAUCAUGCCGAGGCUGAACGGGUCUCCAAAGAGCGCAAGUUCGAUUUCCGCCGCUUUGCCGCUAAAUUUUGCAAUCAAAAAUGUGUCGACACCUUUAUUGCUUUCACCAAAUAUUACAAGGAACUUGACACCGAACAGUUGAAGCGUGCCCACCGUUAUUUCUACAGAAUCGCUUUCAAGCAAGAGAUGGCCGUCUUGCUAUUUCGUGUGGAUAUCAUCAAUCUUUUCUACAGAAUGAUCAAAGGCCCAGGCGCCUUGGACCCUAGCCAGCCGAUCUUCAAGGAGUGGGAGGAGUUAGUCCAGCAGAUCCUUCGCCGACUCAUGAAGAAGAUCGAUCAACGUCCGGCUCUGAUUACUGAGCUGCUUUUCAGCAAGAUCAAUUCAACCGUGUCCUAUCUGGAGUAUGGCCAUGAGAAGCAAACGUUACCCACAACCAAAAGACCACCCGCCGAGCUUGAGGUCAGCUCCAGCAAUGCGAAAACUACCGAGGAGAAAAUCGGCAUCGUGAUCGGGGCCUUGAUCCUGGACGAACAAGGUGAUCUGGUUGCUUGGGUUGGUGACGUCCUCCAGACAGCCGCAGAAGAAAGGGCGUCGUGGGAAGCGCAGGAUGAGGCACAGGCAAAUGAGAACCCUGGGGUACCAACGGCACCUAAUCCUAUGAUUGCUAUUGUACCACGGGAUGAUGCUUGUCAAAAAGCCAUGUUCUCAAACGCCAAGCUCCGUCUCCUGAUGGCCUUGGUCAAACUGGAACGCCUCGGGGUGGAAGACGUGCCUGGUGCAUCGUGGAUCGUCCCCUCGUCCUUGAAUUCAGCUCAUCUUCGGGCCACCAAGGCUGUCAUUGAUCAAUGCCUUGAUAGCCCCAUGAUUGGAGACCUUGAAAACGACCCUCGCGAGCUGCUUCGACGAAAAUACCCCAAUGAAAACAGCGGCAAUUUCAAGCAAGCGACCCUCGACGUCAACUUUGGAUCGGAGUCCGAGGGCGAGGAUGUUCCGGACGGGCCACUUUUCCCACCCAAUCCUCGAACCAAGGCCCAGGCCCUUGGCGAGUUGAAGAAGAAGCGCAAGAAGCAGAACAAAGGCGAAGACAAAGCGCCCCCGGACGACGAGACCCUCGCAGCGCGUCACCAAGCACGCCUUGAGAACUCACGAGCCCGCUUAGCAAAGAUCAAAAGUGAUCUGUAUGUGCACGCCAGCGACGAGGACACGGACGAGGGCGCGGACGAACGAUUUUUCUUGCUCGAAGAGAAAAGGAGGAAAGAACAGGCGGAACGGGUGCGCAAAGCCUUGCUUACCGGCGUUGUGCCGGAGAUGAGCGGACGUAGGAAACGACCAACGGAGCCAGGCACCAGCCGGGUUCCAGGCAAGCGACAGCGACGCGCCACCAACAUCAGCCUGAGCGACGCCGAUGAUGGCGACGAUGGUGUCCCCAUGGAUGGCGUGAGCGUCGAGACCCCCGGGUCGCAACGCCAUGUCUCGUCUAGUCCGUCCAUGGAGGACGAUCUUCAGUUUGACGACGACCUCGCUUUUAGUCGCAAUCGGAACCCGGGACAAGUGUCUUCUCAUGAUCCAAGCCAAAGCCUGGAGCCCGACAGCCUUGAACCUGACGGUGGGGUCGCCCAGAACAACGGCGAGGAGGAGGCGCCAACGCAGCCACCGGCUCGGCGGCGAAUUCGCGCGGGGUUUGUGAUCGAGAGCGAUUCUGAAUAA